CGUUGCAUGGGAUCGGGCUGAGCGCCUCGUAUCGUCCCGCGCUCUGCUGGCCGGUACACCGGCGGUACACCGGCGGUCCACCACAGUCGCCACGGACUCGCGUGGGGCAAGAUGAGUUCGUACUUCGUCAACUCGCUCUUCUCCAAGUACAAGAGCGCGGACUCGCUGCGGCCAAACUACUACGAGUGCGGCUUCGCGCAGGACCUGGCGGCGUCCACGCGGCCCACGGUGGUGUACGGCCCGGGCUCCGGAGCCUCCUUCCAGCACGGCGCGCAGAUCCAGGACUUCUACCACCACGGCGCGUCCCCGCUGCCCGCCAACCCCUACCAGCAGAGCCCGUGCGCGGUCACGUGCCACGGCGGCGAGCCCGCCAACUUCUACGGCUACGACGCGCUGCAGCGGCAGACGCUGUUUGGCGCCGCGGCCGCGCAGGACGCAGACCUCAUCCCCUACGGAGACUGCAAACUGGGCGGCGGCGCGCCCGCAGGACUCGGCGGCGGCGGCGGCGGCGACGACGCGGACGGCACCGAACAGAGUCCGUCGCCCACGCAACUCUUCCCGUGGAUGAGGCCGCAAGUAGCUGCGGGCAGGAGGCGAGGCCGGCAGACGUACAGCCGCUACCAGACGUUGGAGCUGGAGAAGGAGUUCCUGUUCAACCCUUACCUGACCAGGAAGCGGCGCAUCGAGGUGUCGCACGCGCUGGCGCUGACGGAGCGGCAGGUGAAGAUCUGGUUCCAGAACCGCAGGAUGAAGUGGAAGAAGGAGAACAACAAGGACAAGUUCCCCAGCAGCAAGAGCGAACAGGAGGCAGUGGAGAGGGAGAGGAGGGAGAAGGAGCUGCGGGAGGGCGGGGCAGGUGGAGGCGGAGCUGAGGUUGGAGGCGUAGCUGAGGGAGGAGGCGUGGUCGUGGUGCCGGUGGCGGGGACGGCGGCCUCGCAGGCCAACCUCAGCGACGACUGCUGCGACAAAACUCACAAGAUGUAGGAGAGCGGACAGACAAGAUGGCGGAGAUCUUCUGCUCCGCCUCUCCACACGUCUGGGACCACUCCAAGAUGGCCGCCACUUUGCUCUCCAAACAUCUGGGACCUCUCCAAGAUGGCCGCCCGACUCCUUCGGAGCAAACUUCUGCCGACCGAGGAAAUAACCAGAUGGACAUCGGGAAUAUGAGGGCGGGAUUCCUGGAUCCGACUAGAAAGUGUGUCUCAAAUGGAAU